AUACGGAUAAUGGCCUCCUAAGCAAGUCUCACUUUGUUUAUGUCCCUGUACCAACAGUCUGCGUGGACUUGUGUUUUCAAAAGCUGAUGCUAUCACUGGCCUACACGUUACUAAUUUGAGUAUUCUGCGACUUCGGCCCAUCACCAGGAGCAAGACGCUUUUUCGCGGAGGAAUGAGCUGUUUCGUUGAAUGAGGCGAACGCCCCUGCUCCUGCGGCCGUUGGGAGGAUGAGCUCGGUCGCCGGUCGGGAUCUCGCCGUGUCCGCCGCCUCGGUGGGCAGCGCCGGAGCCGCGCCGUCUCGCGCCCUGCACGUGGAGCUCACGUCCCAGCAGAGACGCCUGCGUCACCUUCGGAGCAUCGCUGCUCGCAACAUUGUGAACAAGAACGGCUCUCCACUGCUGGACACUUUCUUCACCUUGCACUUGUGCCGGGAGAACGGGAUAUCUAGAGGGUUUUACAAGAGUGAGGUCAUCAGGGACUCCUUGAAUCCUACAUGGAGAAGCCUGGACUUCGGCUUGCUGCCCGACUUGCUGGAUACAUCGGUGUCCUGCUUUGUGGUGCGGAUCUGGGGUGGCAGGGGAGAGCAGUAUCAACUGCUCAUCGAAUGGAAGGUGAACCUGGAUGGGCUGCGGUACACUGGGCAGCAGAUCCGCUCCAGGAAUCAAAAUGAAAUCAUAUUUGGAUUGAAUGACGGCUACUAUGCAGCUGACUUUGAGCAGAAGGAUCAGGCAGAAAGAAAGAAGAACAGUUUGCUUCGGGUGGACCAGAAUUCAGUGCGGAACUCGUACAGUGUCUUUUCCUUGUUGAGGCUACACACGGCCCAGAGAGCCAUCAAGCAGACCCAGGUGACAGUGCAGAAGAUUGGAAAGGAGAUUGAGCAAAGGCUGAGGACAACGGCGGCCUCUACAGAAAGGAAGAAGGAGCGUGAGUGCUUGCAGCUGCGAAUCGGUGUGCUGCGCAGUGAGCUGGAGAGGCAGAAGAAGGCGCUGACCCGUGAGACUGAUGUGCUGCAGAAGGAUAAGGCCCUGCUGCAGAGAAAAGAAGAGGCGUUCUCCAGCAAGCGUCAGGGUCUGGAGAUGGAGAGGGACUCGUUACGAGAGCAGCAGAAAGAAUGUACCGCCAAAAGAGAGCUCUUCUUAAAGACCAAUGCCCAGCUCACCUUCCGGUGUCGCCAACUGCUAUCAGAACUGUCCUACAUAUAUCCCAUUGAUGUGAACAAUCAGACUGAUUAUGUCAUCUGUGGGGUGAAGCUACCCAACUCUGAGGAUUUUCAAGCAAAGGAUGAUGGGAGUGUAGCAGUUGCCCUUGGUUACACGGCACACCUGGUCCUGAUGAUUUCGUGCUUCCUGCAGAUCCCACUCAGGUACCCUGUCAUCCAUAAGGGGUCUCGUUCAUCCAUAAAGGAUACCAUCACAGACAAGCUGACGGAGAAAGAGAGAGAGUUUCCACUGUACCCAAGAGGAGAACGCUUCCAAUUUGAAUAUGGCGUCUACCUGCUCAACAAGAACAUUGCACAGUUGAGGUACCAGCAUGGCCUGUCUACUCCAGACCUACGGCAGACCCUGCCCAACCUGAAGAACUUCCUGGAGCAUGGGCUGAUGGUGCGCUGUGACCGGCACCAUGUCUCCAGCUCCAUCCCCAUCCCAUCCAAGUCUCAGCUGAGCCCUGUUGCGGCAUCGGAGGCGGGUAAUCCAGCGAGGUCCAGCUCCCCAGACCCAGGUGUACGCAAAAGGGCCAGCUCAGAGGCUGACAAGCAGAAGUACAAAACUCCUCCCCCCAGCUACAAAACAGCCAUGAUGGAGCCCUUGGCUGCAGCACCUCCUGCCGAACUGCCCAAGAAUAUGUCCUCCUCCCUAGACGCCAGCAUUGACCUGGCAAAGGCCAUGGGGGCUGUGGAGGCUCCAACAGAGGAGAGUGAUUUGCCAGGGGAAGUACGUGCGGCUGCCGUGAAUGGCGAUGGGUUGGCAGCACCAUUGCUGACAACGCUCGGGCCCGAGGUGUGCUGUUCUGUGGAGCAAGCUGAGGAGAUCAUGGGCACAGAGGCGACAGGCUUCGGUGGUGCAGAGCAUCUGGAGGAGUACCCCUGCAUCCCCGUAGAGCAUGCCGUAGCUGUGGAGUGUGAUGACCAGGUGCUUGGCGAGCUGGAUGCCGCCGGCUUUGAGGAGUUCUCCCGCCGCAUCUAUGCAUUGAAUGAGAACAUGUCGAGCUUUCGCAGGCCGCGCAAGAACUCGGACAAGUAAAGCCAGGACCUGAAAGGAGGGGGCACGUGGGCCAAGGUGUUUGCUUGUCCUUUCUUUGUUUUCCUCCCUUGCAAAACAGAGACAAAAGAAUUAUUCGAUUUUUCUGGAAUAACGACCAAUUUGCACUUGUCUAAGCAUUUCUAUAAUCCUUAAGAUGAAAUAAUAAUAAUUAUAAAUAGUGUUUGAAAUGAUUCAUGGCCUUCUUUCAGGGAGCAUGGUGGUACCACAGGAAGAGUUAAGGCUUAAGUCCUAAGUCUAGAAGAAGUUUGCAGUUGACAUGGAGGUGGUGUGGGGUGGGGAGGGUGCCUCAAGUUGAACCACUCUGUCCAGGUCCACCAGCACUGAUCUGCACACCACAGCAAGACACUGGGGUAGGAGUUUCUGCCCCACCUGCCACUGAGCAUCCCACUGUACAUCUGUGGCGUCCUGUCCUCUGACCCGUCAGUGUUCAUCUUCAUUCCCCGUCUUUGAUUUCCUGGGAAAAGCAGGGGGAGGGGGGAGCGGAAGGAAAAACAUCUCCUGUCGACCACCGCAUAACAGAGUUGUGGUCUUUUUUUUUUUUUUUUAAUUUAAAAAACCACAGCAGUGCUGUUCUUUUCCACUUCAUUUUUAUACCUAUAUUCACACUAGUAAUGUGUGUACAUAUAACAGGCAGUGAAAAUACCACACAUAAUAUAUUAAUGGCUGAACAAAAAAACUACAUGUGUAUACUGUGAACCGAGUAGCUUUAAGUAUUUGAUACGGACCAUUUAUCAAGUUAAUCAGUUAAUCAGCCGCAUGUUAUUUCCCGACUUUAGCUAUCACAGGACCACAUGCUUUUGUAACUUUUUCUCCCCAGAUCAUUGUUUUUGGUGGUGAAGGGAUAGGGUAGUUUAUAUUGGUCAUGUACAGUAUUCUUAAAAGAGAAUUACAAUUAAUUUAAACCUGCAGGGCUCAGUUGUUAUACUGUUAAACACUGUUUAUCUCCACAUUGAGAAAAUUAAAGGCGUUACUUUUUUGCCAGUUAUGUUUGUUUUAAGGCAAAACUAAUUUUAAGAUUAAUUUUAUUUCUGUAAUUAAGUUAUGAAUCUUCUGGCCUGUAUGUAUCCAUGUAUAUUGUUGUUUGGAGACAGAAUGUGUAGGUAUUGCUGGAAAAGAGCUUCAGCUGCUGCUGAGAGCAGAUACCCCCCCGCUUUGCCUUUUCCCAAGUUAACAUUUUAAGCUGGGUAGAAACACCCUGGAUUAGAGCUACAGGCCCCAAAAUUCCUAUUCAGGUUUUUUUUUUUUCUCCCUGAUAGUUUUGAAGUACUGUGGUUUGAUGACUGAUGAAAUGCAUUAUAUUUCAGAAAGAAAACAAAAAAAAAAUCUAAAUUAAGACUGAAAACAUUUUCCAUUAACUCCAAUGUUUCCUUCACAUUGUGUGAACAAAUAGGUUUGAAUGUAUAUAUAAUUUUGUAUGGAAGGCGCUUUAUUA